AUGAGCCUUAGUGACGGAGACGUGGAGCUCCUGAAGAAAUGGCUGAUCAAGAAACUCGAAGAUCAGAAAGUGGAGGCCGACAGCGACGUGCUCAGUGACUAUGUACAGUACCGCCCAAACCUAUUCGGUACGAGACGUCAGCUAACAUUUUUCUGCUGUGCAGGUGCUUGCCCUCGUCACAGGAGCUACCGACGAGCCUGACGAAGUCACAAAGGCCAAUUGCGUGGAGCAACUCGAAGGCUUCCUGAAUGAUCCGACAAAACUCGUGAACGAGGUCUUUGAUGCCAUUGCGAACAAAUCCUACGACCCAUCGAAGCCUGCGCUGAAGCCUACAGCACCGAGCUACAACCUUCCUCACCGCGCGAGUCCCGAUCCUGCAAGAGCGCAGAAUUUGUCCAAGAAGCGCCCAUAUCAUGACUGGGAUCGCGACGAGUCUCAGAGCGGGCAGCUGUUUACGUCGGAAGGCGGAAGCCGUCCGCACAAGCAGGCACGGCGCGGUGGAAGAGGAGGUGACUACAACGUGCGCAGAGGAGUUCAGCGGCAACCGUUUGGAAGCGCACAGUUUCCACAGGCUAUGCAGUUGCCGCAAAUGCCGACUCCGCCUCCAGGCAUGCCGCCCUUCGACCCCAACAACCCAAUGGCUUCCUUCAUGGCUAUGCAAGCGUUGGGAUUCCUGCCCCAAUUUUCGGGCCAAGGUCAGCGCUGCAUAGACUACGACACCAAGGGUUUCUGCGCGCAAGGAGUAUCCUGUCCCUUUGAGCAUGGUAGCGACUCGUACGUGAUGCCGGCCAACAACGACUACGACCCUGCCCAGUCCUCUCUGCUGAACGUUCAGCCGACUCGCACUGGGGUAGUAGACACAUCUUCCGCUAUGCGCGGUCGGGGUGGGUCGAGAGGUCGAGGCGCUAGCUCUAACUUUCGCGGUGGUGGAAGACGUGCAGCGUUCUCGCAUCUGGGGCCGAACUACGACAGGUCGAUCACAACCAUCGUCGUGGAGCAGAUUCCAGAAGACCAGUUCGCUGAGGAGAAUGUACGCGAGUUCUUCAGUGAGUUCGGCAACAUUGAGAAAGUGGACAUGCAGCCAUACAAGCGACUGGCAACGGUGAAGUUUGACAAGUACGAAUCAGCAAAAGCCGCAUACGAUAGCCCCAAAGUUAUCUUCGGUAAUCGAUUUGUUAAGGUAUAUUGGUUCAACCCGUCGGAGACGAUCAAGUCGGAAGGACACACUGGCGCUUCGAUGAACGGCACAGCUGAGGACGAGAGCAUGCAAGAUGAGGAACCGCAAUUCGACCCAAUAGAGCUCGCGCAGAAGCAAGAAGAAGCACAACGCAAGUACGAAGAACAGAGGAAGAAGCUAGAGGAGACUGAGGCGCAACGGAGAGAGCUGGACACGAAAAUGAAGGCCAUCGAGGCCGAGCGCAAGAAGAUGGCAGACGCUCUCGCAAAGAAGCAAGCAGGUAAGACAGCUGUACCAGCUCUCGAGCAUUCUUCUUCCAAUGGCGCUGGAGAGAGUGCGCAGACCAGAGCACUCGAAGCUCAACUGGCCAAAUUGGAAGCCGAAGCCAAGAGCUUAGGCAUCGAUCCUGAGGCGCCAUCCAUCGAUAACUACGUUGGAUACUCUUAUCCGUAUCGCGGCAGAGGCGGCUUCAGAGGUCGUGCGCGAGGUAGGGAAGGCUUCAACUCUAGCUUUCGUGGAGGUCGGGCUGGAGGUCGUGUAGGCGGUGUCAUGCGGCUCGAUAAUAGACCUAAAACGGUCUCGAUCGUCUUCCACGAAGGCACUUACGAGGACAACGAGGGUGCUUUGCGUCCAUGGCUCUUGUUUAAUGAAUCGGAGUCCGCGACUCUUACGAAGCACCCAAGUAGGCAGGACACAGCACUACUUGCUUUUCAACAACGCUACCUCGCCGAGCAAUUCAUGACUGCGGCCGCUGAACCUGGCUUUCCACUAGUCGGCAAAGUCGAGUUGUCCUGGUACAAAGCGGACAACAAUUCCGCGGUACUCCAAGACGAUGCGCCAAAUGUCGAUGCUGCUCCUGAAGUGUCAAUAGAAGAAACCAACGGCAGAGAGGCAGAUGCCUGGGACGUUGCCGAAGACGAUGACCGCUGGGCAUAG